AUGGCCGCCGAACAGAGGGAUAACUGGUCGUCAGAGGCCUACCAGAACGCGGCAUCGUUCGUGCCCAAGUUGGCCACCAAGGUCAUGCAGUGGCUUGAUCCACAGAAGGACGAUGUGAUCCUCGACGUGGGCUGCGGCGACGGUGUCCUCAACGUCGAGAUGGCACGGGUAGUCGCUCAAGGCUCCGGCCGCAUCCACGGCAUCGACAGCUCGCCGGCCAUGAUCGCGGCCGCCCAAAAAGCGGCCGAGUCGGCGGCGCUCGCAGACAGGUGCACCUUUGAAGUCCUUGACGCAACUGCCCUAGUCUCCACGCCUUCCCUCCAGCAAGGCAAGUUCACCAAGGCCUUCUCCAACGCGGCCCUCCACUGGAUCCUCCGCCCGGAGCGCACGCGCGAGGACGUCUUCCGCGGGGUGCGCGAGGCGGUCGCGCCCGGCGGCGCGUUCGUGUUCGAGAUGGGCGGGCUCGGCAACGUGUGCGAGGUCCGGGCGGCGCUGCUGUCGGCCGUGGGCCGGCGGGUCGGGCUCGCGCGCGCGCAGGAGGCCGACCCGUGGUUCUUCCCCGACGAGGACUGGGUCAGGCAGGUGAUGGAGGAGCGCGUGGGCGGGUGGAAGGUGGAGCGCGCGGAGCGCGAGUGGCGACCGACCAGGGCAGACAAGGGCGGCGUCGAGGGGUGGGUGCGGCUCAUGGCCAAGAACUGGUUUGAGAUCCUGCCCGAGGCCGAGCGGGAGGAGUGCAUUCGGGAGGUGGUGGAGGUGCUUGAAAUCGCACAGAGACAGCCGUCGGGAGGGCAUUCAUUUAAUUAUGUGCGACUGAGAGUUUUCGCGAGGAGGGUCUAG